AUGUUCGGCUCAUACAGUUCCAUCAGCUCCAUGUGCGCGUCUUCAGCGCCCAUGGAUAUCGCGUCUCGCAACAUCUACCGAUCCCAGGACUCCGCCUGCGCUUUUCCAUCAUGGCCCCGACGCGACUCUCUCUCCGAGUCUGAUCGAGAGGAACGACCCACCUCUUAUCUAUCCGACGACGAUCUGUUCCUCUCCGAUCCCUUCGACGACGACGCCCAGAGCGUCUCCAGCGCCGGCAGCUCUUCUCCUGGUGCCAUGGCCUCACCUCCCAACGUCAUCACCGACCUCGAGCUUCUCCAGGCUGAGCGCGAACGCCAGGCAGCUUUGCAACGCGAGUGCCUUCGCGUUGUCGCCCUUGAGAAGGAGCGUCGACGUGCCGCCGCACGAAAGCAGCGUCGUAGCAGUUCUCACAAGAAGAGUCCCAAGACCAAGCUCACCUCCAUCAAUGAGGAGGCGAUUGAGCUGCUUUUUGCAUUUACAUGGCAUAUGAUACCCCAUCAUGAUACCCCACACAACACAACUACAGCAUUGCAUGUGCCCAAGAAUAGCUGCACAUGCCAGAUUAUCUACACUAUUCCAUCAUUUGAGAUGGGAAAUCUCUUCACACAACCACAACAACCAAACAAGCUGUCACUCGCUAUACCGGGCCAUCUUAUCCAGCUGUCGGAUCGACUUCUAACCGCCGGCUUGAUUUUCGGGAAACAACUUGACACCACCACUAUCUCGGUCGAUGACGCCAUGGGUAGACCGCCUUAG